UUUGUCAUUGGAUUGUAUUUCCUCUGAUUUCAAUAUAAGUUUCCAAUACUCACAGAAAACAUUAUUUUCGUUUUAAUGAACAAACGCAACAAAUUCUGACUAUUUUGUGGUUGUUUAACAAAUAAUUUAAUAAGAAGACUUUUCAAAGUAAAUUUCAUCAUAACGCAACUAUGAACUUCUUCAAAAAGGCACCGACUGUUAAAGAACAACAAAGACAAAAUGAUCGAGAACUCCGAAAAGCUGGAAGAGACUUGGAGAGAGACAAAGUGGCUUUGGAGAGAGAGGAAAAGAAAUUAGAAAUGGAAAUAAAGAAAAUGGCAAAGGAGGGCAAUAAUGACGGAUGCAAAAUACUAGCAAAACAAUUGGUUCAACUGAGGAAGCAAAAGACCAGAAUCUAUGCUGCUAAUAGCAAGAUAUCAAGUGUACAGAUACAUAACAAAGCAAUGGGUGCUAACAUUGCAAUAGCGGGAGCAAUGGGCACCACAGCUAAGACAAUGGGCAACAUUAACAAAGUUCUGAACCCACACCAAAUAGCCAAGGAUAUGGAAGCCUUUAAACAGGCCAAUGCUAAGAUGGACAUGACAGAUGAAAUGAUUUCAGAAACUCUAGAUGACAUUAUGGAUGAAUCAGGUGAUGAACAGGAAACUGAAGGCAUUGUUAACCAAGUACUGGAUGAGAUUGGCAUUGAAAUCAGUGGAAAGAUGGCCAAUGCUCCUUCGGUGGCUCGGAACAAAAUUGGCAAUUCAACAACGGAUGCUGACAAGGAGUUGAUGGCACAACUAGCUAAACUUAAAUCAUAAAUAUUUUUAAGUAAUAUAUUAUGUUGUUAAUUUUAUAAAAAAUAUUGUUAAGGUCUUAUUUAAGGGACUUCCACUAAAUACAGAAUUCGGAUUUUUUAAAUAUUUUAAAUGUGUUUGCCUAUAAAAUGAGUCUAUUGUGAAUUAUUUUAUCUGCAUGGUAAAGA